GUCCAUAUGACACGUAUGAUUUAAGUGUGUUUAUAUUAACUGCUAUAUUUUUAAAUAAUACAUAAUUUGUUCCAUGUAUUUAGCAUAUUUAAGAUAAUAUAAUGGAAUUUUUAACAUUAGUGCACAUAUUGGCACUUGCUUUAGUGGCGAAUAUUGUGUCAGCGGAAUUUUCAGCCGACGAUUGCAAAAGUUUAGGAUUUAACAAAGCUAAUUUACUUUGUUCCACCUGCGAGGAGUUUAAUAAACGUGGCUUAACAGAAAUAUGGGACAAUUGUAAAGAAUGUUGUUUAAAAGAUGAUGACUAUGACGCAUCCGGAUUAAAACGCUAUCCACGUGCUAUUCUUGAAGUUUGCACAUGCAAAUUUGGUACAUAUCCACAAAUUCAAGCCUUUAUAAAAAGUAACCGACCAAGUAAAUACAAAAAUUUACAAAUAAAAUAUGUUAGGGGCUUAGAUCCAAUAAUCAAAUUAUUGGAUGCAGACAAUAAAGUUGAGGACGUUUUGGACAUACAUAAAUGGGAUACUGAUUCUGUUGAUGAGUUCUUAACAACUCACCUUUCUAUGGAUUAA